AUGUCACUCCAGGAUAAGGUCAUCGUCACCACCGGCGCAGCGUCGGGCAUGGGCCUUCAAACCGCUCGUCUGCUUGCAAGCAAAGGCGCCAAGCUUUCCCUUGUCGACAUCCAAGAACAGCCGCUCAAAGCCCUGGGGACAGAGCUGAAGACAGCAGGCGCGCAUGUCCUCAUCACUGUUGUCAAUGUCUCCCAGCGCUAG